CGUCAAUAUUCCACUCAGGUAACAAGCACAUUUCGCUACUCUCCAUAAACUCUCCAAAUAAUUUUAUACAAAUAUUUGUACGCUUGGUAAUAAUUACUUAGUACUGAAACAGAUUUAAUGAAGCGUUUGCUGUGAAAAUAAGUCGGUAUAAAUUUUGUGCUUAAAGCGGAUUUUAAAAAGAUUAAAAGAUGGCCGAUUCAGAUGAUGAAUACGAUCGUAAACGCAGGGAUAAGUUCCGUGGAGAGCGUAGUUCUGGUGAUAGUUAUCGCUCUGAACGACGUGAUGAACGCCGAACUGCCGGUAGUAAUUCACGUGAUGACUGGCCCGAAAGAAAUCCUUUUAGAGGAGGAGGUGGAGGCGGUGGUAGAGCCAGGCCAGAAUAUCGUGAUUAUAGAGGAGGGCGAGAUAGGUACGGGUCACCUGGCAGAGAUAUGCCACCAGCGAAACGUAUGCGUUCUGAUUGGGGUGAUGAUAUACGUCCACGUUAUGCCGGUUAUGACCCGUACAUGAUGCAAGCUUGGAAUGAACAUUAUGCACAUAGUAUGCAUAAUGCGUAUGGUGCACACUUACCUCAUGCUUCAGUUCCAUCACGUGAUCAAACAAGCAAUAAUGAUACAUUAACUCAACCUGCAAUGCUGACACUCAAACAGUUCCUUGACACACAAGAUGACAGCAUAUCUGAUUCCGAAGUUCUAAGAAAGUAUAGUGACUAUAAAUUGGACUUUAAACGACAACAAUUGAAUGAAUUUUUUGUAACACAUAAGGAUGAAGAAUGGUUUAAGAGCAAAUAUCAUCCCAUCGAAAGUGUAAAGCGAAAGGAAGAGCAAUUAAACUUUCUAAAGAAACGAGUAGAAGUUUUCACAGAGCUAUUAGAUGAUGGUCAGGUACAAAAAGUUUCAGUUGAUACAAAUCAAACUGAGCCAUUAUUACGUCUACUUGAUACUGUCGUUAUAAAACUCGAAGGCGGCACUGAGGACGAUUUGAAAAUAUUGGAUGAAAAACCAAAGGAGAUAAUACUACCAGAUCGUUUCGUUGCAGAUAAGAAAAAAGAUGAAAACGAUGAUGAUGUUAUUAUAACUUCUGUUGGAAAAAAACAAGAUGAUUAUGAGCCAGCUAAAAUAAUAUCACCUCGCCCAAUGCGACGAGAACAGGGUUCCGAUGAGGAUAAUUGGGACGAGGAUGACGAUGAUGAUGCUAGCGACAAAAAGUGUGUAGAUCAUAAAGAGCUGCCUGAGAAAAUAAAGCGUAUUAAAUCUCAUAAACGUAAACGCACAAGUUCUGAUUCAAGUUCAGAUUCAUCAACAGAUUCUGAUUCAAGUAGGGAAAGUUCUAGUGAUGACGAUGAUGCAGAUGAAAAAACUGAAAAUAAAUAUGAUUUGGAAAGCGUUAAAAAUGAGGAAGAAGAUCGAAAUACACCAAAUGAUGAAAAUGAUAAUCAAACAACAGAAGAAGUUAAAUUAAAUUCACCCGAAGAAACACUCAAUGAAAGUGUUGAAGACAAAAUUGAUGAUGAUUCUGAAGUUAAAAAAGAUGACAGUAAAGACAUUGAUGCUGUAUUGGCAAUGGAUACUAAUGAUGACGACAAGGUUGAACAAUUGCAGGAUAUUUCUAUCAAUAAUGAUUCUGAAAAUGAGAAAGCGUUAGAGAAGGAAAUUGAGAAUGAAAAGAAAGAAGAAGAAGAAGAAUCUACAGCUGAUAAAGACAGUAAUCUACCAGAAACUAUUGAUCUUGACAAAGAAAAAGAUGGGCCACAACCACGCGCCUUGCAUCGCACGUCUUCAAUAUUUUUACGUAACUUAGCUCCAGCUAUAACAAAAACAGAAAUUGAAUCGAUUUGUCAACGGUAUAGUGGUUUUCUUCGUGUUGCUAUUGCUGAUCCAUCUGUAGAAAGGCGUUGGUAUCGCCGCGGUUGGAUUACUUUUCAACGUGAUGUUAAUAUAAAAGAAAUAUGUUGGAAUCUGAAUAAUGUACGCUUACGUGAAUGUGAAAUGGGCGCAAUAGUCAAUAGAGAUCUAAGUCGACGUGUACGACCCGUAAAUGGUAUUACUGCACAUAAAACCGUUGUGCGUUCUGAUAUUAAAAUGUGCGCGAAAAUUGCACUAAAUUUAGAUGAAAAGCAUCGACUUUGGUGUGAUUUGAAUGCAGAAGCAAACGGCAAUGAUAAUGCAAGAUCCAAUGGUAAUGCUGAUUCAUCAACGUAUGGUUUCAAAUCGAAUAAUCCAGUUCUACAAAAUAUAACUGAUUUUCUAAUUGAGGAAGCAUCUGCGGAAGAAGAUGAACUUUUAGGCAUAUCAGGUGAUGCUAAAGACAAUGAGGGUGAAGUUAUUGAACGUGAUCCACAAUUAUUAUCAGUUUUGGAUAAUCUUAUACUUUAUUUGCGUGUUGUGCAUUCGGUUGAUUUUUAUAAUCACUGUGAGUAUCCAUAUGAGGAUGAAAUGCCAAAUCGUUGUGGUAUUAUACAUGCACGUGGACCACCGCCAACUAAGAUUAAUGCAAACGAUAUACAGGAUUAUAUAAAAACAUUUGAAACUAAAUUACAAACGCUUCUAACUCAACCGAAAACAGUUGAAGAUGAGGAAUUAAAAAAUUUGGGAGCUAAAGAUCCAGAAACGGAAGUUGAAAAAUUUGUAUUAGCUAAUACACAAGAGUUAUCAAAGGAUAAAUGGCUUUGCCCAUUGUCGGGUAAAAAAUUCAAAGGUCCAGAAUUUAUACGCAAGCAUAUCUUCAAUAAGCAUUCCGAAAAGGUCGAGGAAGUGCGUAAGGAAGUUGAAUACUUUAAUAAUUAUUUAAAGGACCCUAAACGUCCGCAACUACCAGAGCAUCCUGGUACUAAUAAGCGCACAAAUUCUGAGUCAAGUGGCGGUUACAGACCACAUAUGUAUCCGCCUGCGUAUGCUGCUCCUUACGGUGCUUAUGCUCCACCUUUGAUGUUGGCAGGAAGAGGAGGUCGUGGAUUUGCUAACCCCCGCAGACCUCAUAAAGAAUAUCGUCAAUUAAUUCAGUACAGGGACUUGGACGCCCCUCAAGAUGCAGUCGAUAUGUUGUUUUGAAAUAAUUUAUCUAUACACAUUUAGUUAAAUUUGAAUAAAUAACUAACGAUCAUUUGUAUAUUACAUAUACUUAUAUUUACUUUCAAUAUGUACGAUGUUAAUGUGUUAGAAAGAACAAAAAAAAAAAAACAAAUAUCAAAUUUUAUAAACAA